AUGGGAAGCAGAGAAAUCAUUGCGGAAGACAUACCAAAAGGCCUUGAAGAGGAAGGAUAUUAUCAUGGUUUGCUGCCGCGCGAAGACUGUAGCGAAAUUUUGAAUGAGGUCGGAGAUUUUCUUGUACGAGUAUCACAGCCACGCCCAACCGAUCCGCGAGAAGUAAUCGUAUCAGUGAGAGUUUCCAAAGAUCAGUCGCCUCAGUCGAUUCGGCAUGUAAUUGUGAAAAAGCAAAAGCUUCCAAAAGGAGAAAUUGCUUGGGUGGCAAUUGAAGCUAUCAAAUUUCAAUCAUUCUUUGAACUGAUCGAGCAUUACACGAAGAAAGGAAAUCCAAUCAAUCCGGAACUGGAAACGAGUGUACUGGUGACAGGAGUGAAACGACAGCGUUGGGAACUCACUCAUGAAGAUGUUAUACUGAACAAAGUGCUCGGAGCCGGCGCCUUCGGUGAGGUGCGAUCUGGAGAAGUGACCAUUGAUAAGAAAAAAUUCGAAUGCGCCGUAAAAAUCGUUAGUACUUGCUGUCUUGUAUUCUGCAGAGGGUCAGUGGUGUUGCUCGAAACUGUAUUUUCAGAACAAUUUGACGAGUACACGUUAUGUCAUCAAAUAAGCAUAUAUCAUCAUUCAAGUACUUUGUCAGUAUAUAUUUUAUUACCAAUAAUCGAUGUGGGUAUUUUAUGUCAGUGA